AUGACCGACGAGGCCCCAGUUCCCAUGGCGACCGCACCUCCACCUGCCGGCCCGCCGGCCAAGAAGGCCAAAAGCAAGAAGGGCGCGGACCCGAGGGACGCGUCGGAGCAGAUCGCGGCCAAGAUUGCGCAGCUGGAGCUGGACGCCGCGGGGGAGAAGGACCAGGACAUUGAGAUUGAGCGAGAGGUCAAAAAGGCGAACCGCGAACUGUCGCAGCUGCUGUCGUCCAUCGAGUCGCCCAUGAAGCGCGUGGACGAGGUGCGGAAGAGGUACUCGUCGCUGCUGGCAGACAUGAAGCGGACGGAGCGCGAGCACAUCAAGUCCAAGAAGCGCGCCGACCAGCUCCAGAAAGAGAAGGACACGGGCAAGACGGAUCUGAACAAGAUGACGACGCUGAAGGAGCGGCUGGAGAAGAUGUCGCGCGACCUGACAAAAGAAAACAAAAAGUUGAAGGAGGAAAACAUUCAGCGCGACCAGCAGGAGUCUAGGCACCGCGAGGAGCUGCAUGACCGGCUUGAGCGCAUGAUUCUGGACGUCGAGGAGGCCAUAAUGCUAAAGGAGAACCCGGAGCCGCAGCCCGUCGACAUGGACGCGGACAAACUAUUCGAAGAAAAGUUCAAGUCGUUCGUCGAUCAAUGGGAGUGCCGCGAGAAGCAAUUCAAGUCGAUUUUGCGCGUCAAGGAGCUGGAGAUCAUCUACCACCAGGCGAAGCUCGACCAGCAGCGCAAGGCGCAAGAGGUCGAGUCGUCCAAGUCCAACCAGCUGACCCGUCAAGUCACGACCUUCUCCCAAACCGAAGCCGAGCUGCGCAGCCAGCUCAACAUCUACGUGGAAAAAUUCAAGCAGGUAAGCUUGCAUAUCUCGCCGCAAGAUGUGCUCGCUGCGGCCUCCUCCGUGUGUUGGAAGAGCCUCUCUGAUAUCAGUCAGGUCGAGGACACCCUGAACAACUCCAACGACCUGUUCCUGACGUUCCGGAGGGAGAUGGAGGAAAUGUCCAAGAAGACCAAGCGCCUGGAGAAGGAGAACCUGGUGCUCACGCGCAAGCAAGAGGCGACCAACAAGAACAUUCUCGAGAUGGCCGAGGAGCGGACGCGCACGCAGCAGGAGAUGGAGAAGCUGCGCCGGAAGAACGAGAACCUCGAGAAGCUGUGCCGGGGCAUGCAGGCGCAGGGGCGCGGGCAGGUGCCGCCCAACGGGCUGGACGCCGACGACGACGGCACCGAGAGCGAGUACCUGGACGACGACGACUACGACGACGAGGGCAGCGAGGAGUAUGACGAGGACACGGAAGAGGAGGCCAUUGACGUGCGCCCGGGGCCCGAAGCAAAGGUUUACGGCCCGCCGCCCCCGCCGCCGCAGCAGCAGCAGGCCUUGGCCAACGGCGGCAAGGUCAAUGGCAGGGUGAACGGCCAGGCCAAUGGCGUGAGGCAGUCGUAA